AUGGGUCCAGAUCAACAUGCGCAACUGGAUGGCUUUGGGCUGGUCUUUCCCUUCCCCAUUCGCAUAGCAGCUGUAUUGGUUGCAGGUUUCUGGGGAUGGGCCAUCAACCUACAUUACCUGUCCAAAUUCGACAUCGACGUCCCUCGCCUCAUCCACUAUCCUUCCCAUGACCCCAAAUCCCAACCUCCACAACAACCACAUCAUGUCGGGGCUUACCGCCUAGCCACCCUCUUCACAAUCCCUCUAUCCAUCUGGCUCGUUGUCACCUGGAUUGCUACACGCCAGUCUCCAGAACUGGUCGAACGCUUCGACUUCAUCCCACAAUCGGUCUUCAUUAUCCUUCUCCUUAUCCUUAUCUGGCCUCUCAAUCGUGCCUCCCGCGCCGGCCGGAUCCGGUUUCUCCUGACAUUAAAGCGGGUCGCCAUCGGAGGUCUGGCGGAACCCCAAAAUGGCAAGUUUGCUGAUGUUCUGCUGGCGGAUGCCCUGACAAGCUAUGGUCGCAUUUUGGGGGAUCUGUAUGUCAGCUUCUGCAUGUUUUUCACCGACGGCAUCUCCGCCACCUCCAAGCCGAACCGUGCCUGUGGCACCGAUAUCGUUGUACCCAUCAUCAUCGCGGUUCCGAGCAUUAUCCGACUUCGCCAGUGCUUAACAGAAUAUGUGCGCGCUCGGCGAGCCUCAAAUGCAGACUCAAAUACCGGAAACCAACAUCUGGCUAACGCCCUGAAAUAUGCCACCGCUUUCCCGGUCAUCUGGCUAGCUGCAAAGAUGCGGAAUUACAACCCAUUGGAAUUUCACGGGUUCAGCGAGAUGACCAUUAUGCGUCUUCUAUUUCUUUUCUCGUUGAUCAACUCGAGCUAUUCUUUCUGGUGGGACGUGGUAAAGGAUUGGGAUCUUACCCUGUUCUCCCCCGAGCGUCGGGAUAGCCGUUAUCCGUUCGGACUUCGAAAACAUCGAUACUUUACUUCCGAUCGGUUGUACCACUACGUCAUCGUCGCAGAUUUUGUACUCCGUUUCUCAUGGCUAUGGCGCGUGCUGCCGGGACUCUCGUGGAUCCCGGAAACCGAAAGCGGUCUGUUCCUGCUCAUGCUUGGUGAAGUGGCUCGACGCUGGAUGUGGGUGUUUUUCCGAAUCGAGGCUGAAGCAAUCCGAAACGAUCACGGAUCCGGCGCAGACGAUGUUCGCCUACCAAAAUACAACGGCAACGGCAAAAUAACCUCGGAUUGA